GCGGCAGGCCCAGCCCCCCGGUCGCAGCGCCUGGGGCGGCUCCUCUGCGAGCCUGGGACCGCCGCUUGCCCGCCGCCGCCGCCGCCACUGCCACCACGCGCUGGCGUGAUUCCCGGUCCGCGCCGCGCCCUCCCGCGUCGGCAGCCGACUCGGCUUCCUGCCCGUCCAGGCGCCGCUUCUACCGAUCUCCCGGUCUCGACUCCGCGGAGGGAGAGGAAAUGAGUGCCGCAGCAUCGCCCGCGCCCGAGCGGGCUUGGAAGAGCGAGAAAGUGGACGAAGCUCAGGCCCUGGCGCGGAGUUGCGCUGCCCGCAGACCCGACUUCCAGCCGUGCGACGGGCUCUCCAUCUGUGCCACGCACAGCCAUGGCAAGUGCUUCAAGCUGCACUGGUGCUGUCACUUAGGAUGGUGUCACUGCAAAUAUGUGUAUCAGCCCAUGACUCCUGUGGAACAGCUUCCAAGCACUGAGAUUCCCGCGAAGCCCCGGGAGCCCACCAACACCAUUCAGAUCUCCGUCUCCCUCACUGAACACUUUUUGAAAUUUGCAUCUGUCUUCCAGCCUCCCCUCCCGCCUGAUUCACCAAGGUACUGUAUGAUCUCAGACCUCUUUAUUGACAACUAUCAGGUUAAAUGUAUUAAUGGGAAGAUGUGUUACGUGCAGAAGCAGCCAGCACCACAUUCCCACAAAAUGAGUCCUGAGGAGGUCUCUGCACACGAUGCCUUAAUUUCAAAAGAGAGCAAUACACCAAAAAUAGAUCACUGCUCUUCUCCCUCAAGUUCUGAGGACUCCGGAAUCAAUGCAAUCGGGGCUCACUAUGUGGAAUCGUGUGAUGAGGACACAGAAGAAGGCGCAGAACUGAGCUCAGAGGAAGAUUACAGUCCAGAGAGCAGCUGGGAACCGGACGAGUGCACCCUUCUCUCCCCAUCGCAGUCUGAUCUGGAGGUGAUUGAAACCAUAGAAACUACCGUGUGAGUCGGGCAGGAAGCCACACCUUCUGGUCCACACCGACCGAGCUUUCCUCCUUUUGUCUGAUGGCUCCUUUUCCCAGUGCAGUUGGUAUUUUCUACCUGUCUCUAACAAUAGCAGUUCAAUGGUCUGCUGAUGAGCUUCAUUCUUAAAUUUGUCUUAUAACUAAGAUAUUCUUUUUCUUAUAAAUGGUUUUCUUUUGUAUCUUGACUCACUUUCUGUGUAGCAUCAGGUGUCAUCCAUUGUGGUGCAGCCUUAAUUUCACGGGGAACUUUGCAAACGGUAAUGUGGUGAUGAUCACAGAGUGUCGUGGGUGAGGGUGAGGAGCGACCCAGAGUGAAGGAGACAGUGUUUCCUAAAUAGCCGGUUCUUCACAGAAAACUCCUUAGCGUUCCUCUUGGCAGGCUGCUAGUCCCGGAUGGGCAUCAGCUCACGUGAGGGGAACGGAGCGUGCACUGGUGGAUGCCACUGUGUCCCUUUGCCCUUCUCCCCACCAUCUGCAUGGGUCUGGGCCAGUGUUGCCUGGCUUACUUCUAGGAAGGUACCAGAGGCCAGCUCGGCCUCUAGUUACGGCCAGUUACGGCACAACCCUCAUGAGGUGGGGCUGAGCUAGACCUUCGUUUAACAGGAGAUGACAUCUUCAAUUUCAUGCUCAAUCCAGCUUUAGCUGAGUGCCUACACUUUGCAGGGCGCUCUGGGGAUAUAGAAUGAAUAAGACCUGACUCCCCACAUGAAGGGACCCACAGUCCAAUAGGGGAGAUAACACAUGCAAGUAACAGUACCCAGCAUGCUCUGGGAACCCACAGAAGGAGAGAUGUACUUGGCUUUUACCUGGGGAACGCAUUGCAGUAUUUGAGCUGGUCUCUUAGGGAGUUCCCCCAACAUUUUCCAGCUUUUCUUAAUUGUUCUUCAAAUCUGGGGAAAACUUUUAGGAAGUUAUAUAGAUAUUAUGUUUAGGAGGCAGCCACAUCUGAUGUCUUAAGAAAAGAAACAAUAAUAGUUUUAGUUAGCAUGGAAAUGCUAAAGACAGCAGUCCUUUAGGGAUUAGGAAUGAAUCUAAUAGGUUUGAAUAAUUCUGCUUCAUUUGGUUGUAUGAAGCAUUAGAAUGGUUUAGGUGAAAAAUGGAUUAGAAUUCAGUAUGAUGCAUGGGUUUUUUUUAUGCAAAUGCAAAAGCAGUUGAAACAGUUCCCUGCUAAGUCAGAAGAAAAUAUUUUGUGUAAUAUUCACUUGACUACAGUAAUAUUCACGAUCUGUUGUACAUGUUCUCUUUUUUCACACAUGCAAAAUAGUGCAUAAUGCUUUCUUAUUUAGAUCUCUUCAGAAUUCUCCUCCUAAUCUCUGCUUAUACCAGGUGUGUUCUUGUGUGAGUUGGUUAUCUGCCACUUCUCCACAUCUGCUCUCUGUGAGGCAUAAUUAAGAAUCCAGGACAUUUAAAAUAUGGCCUAAUGCAAGUAGAACUAUCAAAGUUGGAGACAGAGAACUAUUUCUUAUAUCCUGACUAUCCGAGAGAGCACUCUCAUGGCAUUAUCUUGUGCUCUGUCAGCAUUAGGGCAUAUCUCUUCUGUGUCACAUUAGUUUGUGGUUUAAGAAAUAGAGAGAGGCCUGUUGUGUUCUUCCCCGAGGCCUCCAUUUGGCUUCUUUCACAAAUCUCUCUGGGCAGAAUCUCCUUUCCUAGUUGUAUGUGUAGUUCAAGCGGCUAGAACACUUUGUUGGGUUUAGGUGCCCAAAACAUCCAUGGGGUUUAGAAAGCAGUGUAUGUAUAUUCUUUUGAGAACAACAUUAGUUGAAACUGUCUACACUAGAUGAAAAUGUAGCAUCAAGUUCCCACUUACUGAAAUGUAAGGACUCAACAAGUGAAACCAGUAAGGUGGUGAGAGGAGCUCCAGGAGCAGCAGGGCAGAGUGCAGGGCAGGUGAGGCGGGGGUGCAGAGAGGGCCUCCCCCACCGGCCUGGCCCACCUAACCCGGGGGGCUUGGGGACAGACACCUGAUGAGCCCUGCCUCAGGUUCUUAGUGCCUCCCUCAUUGAGUGGCCAGCGGAAGGCGCGCUCAGAAGCCGUCAGUCAGCUGCUGGGCACUCAGGGCUCACAGCGCCACCUGGGCCGGGUCUGUCUGCACCUACACCCGUGGGAGGCUUACUGCAUCCCCUGGUGGGCAUACGGAGGGUCCGCUUUCUCUACGCCGUUCCUGUUAGUUCUCUAACCUGGGCCCAGAUUCCUGCCCCUUAACUAAUGGGAGUCAACCACCAGGUCUCAAAAGCCAUGCAAAUACGUGGUCACAGGGCCACGUUUCUGAAGCUGGCUGUGUCAGGGUUGGGCCCUUUGUCAAUAAGACCUGUGACUUUGCCUAGGUUCCUGUUUUUUAAACUCUUGAACUGCCAUUCAGGUUAGCCACGAUUUUCAUGGAAUUUUUGGAUUUAAUAAUGUUGAUAUCACUUUAAAUAUUUGCACAAUCUCUUUAUAAUUAAAAACUCACUAAGCUUCACUUACUGUGAUAUAUUUUAUACAAUUGGAGAUGUUCCAUUGGAUUCUAAAUAUCAGAUGCUCCUGGAUCUCAAAACAACCUUUUCUAAAUAAGCACAAGCAAGAAUUUCUUUUGUCCUAGCACUGUUAAUACUUCUCUAGAAAAUCAUAUAUGAUUGAACCAGAAUUCGUUUCUUUAUGCUUGCAUUCCAAAAACAACAGAUAAGUAUAUAAAAAUGUGUAGUUUCAAUUUAAAUUCUAGGCCUGUUCUGUUCUAUGUUAUAUACAAGAAUUUCUCUGUAAUCCUGAUAUUAUAUCGCUCAUUUCUAUAAGCAUAUUUAUAGGCACUUUAGAAAAUGUGUAAGCUGCAACAUGUAUUAUAGAUAUUGGACACAGUCAUGUUACGUAGCCUUUGGAUGAUACUUGUACACUGAGAGAUAUGAAAGCUUUAUCAUUUGGACCUGUGGUAUGCUCACGUGGAGGACAGGGUUGGGCUGUGUGGAUGGAGACUCUGCUCUCUUGGGCUUUGAUAGAAACCUGGCACCUUUCCUACUUUUUGAAAGUUGGUGUAAAAGUUAUCAGGUGGAAGAUAAAAAAAUAAGUACUGCAUGGAAUUUAGCUUUCUUAUCUAAGAUUUAUUUUAGAAUUUUCAGGUUUCAAAUGUGCUCAUAACUUUUCUGAGAAAUGACAAGCCAAUUAAAAUCCCUUGUGGCUAUACCUAAUUGGUACAUUAACAAAUAAGGCUUUAUAAUCAAAUCUAGGUUAUUUUUGUACCUUGUCAUUUUCAAGAUUUGAAAAGAGAAUUUGAGGACUAACCCUGGAAAGGGAAAACCUUUUAGUUCAAGGUGGUAUAGUACUACACAAAGUAAAACGACCAAAACAAGAACCAAACUGUGAAGGUGUUGUCCUGACAUAAGUUUUGGAUUUGAUCUAGGGUUUGAUUCUGUCUUGGGGAUGGUAGUUUUAUUGCUUAACCUUCAUUUCCUGGCCUGCUUGAAACAUCAUAAUUCUUUUGGAACUGAUCAUAACAAACUCCUUUUGUUAUGCACAUGUCUCUAUUUGGGUAGUAGGAUGCAACCAGAUAAUUUAGAAAGCUGUCAAAAUAUCAAGAUAUGUUUGGCGGUAUCAAUACUACUAGGCAAGAAAAAAAAAACUAGCAUAAGUUAAAAUAAUAUUUAUACAGUCAGCUCUUAAUUUUUCCAUUUUGUUUGCAAAAUUUUAUUGAAACGUUUUGGCGUUUUACAUGAGGAAAACAAAUUUUUAACAGUUUUCUUUCUUAUUCCUCUCUCCAGAGGAAGUAUGAGUCAGAAUUAAGGAGGCCAGUUGUAUUUUAGGCUUUUUAGAAAGUAGAUGUGACUGUGUCUCUUCCCACUGAGGAGGGGCGGGGAAAGAAGUGGGAGUUCUCUCUUUAUCAGUGCUGUCAUUCCAGGGAUUCAGUAUUUCUCACAUCCAAACAAGUACAAUGACUUUUCUCAAAAUUAAUUUUGGAAUAAUUUACCUUUUAAAAAUGUUAUGUCUCUGCUCCCUUUCAUUAUUGCGGAUAAUUGAGAGUUGACUGUAUUAGGAAAGGGCCAUGUUUCUAUUAGCGCUUUGAGUUCUUUUUCUAUUAAGAUUGAAGCAGUGCUCUCUUAAUAGACCUGUUUGAACAAGUCUGAAAGCAAAUCAUCACUAGAGGUUUUAAUAUUGAGCUUCCAUAUCACUGUGUCAUACACUUUUUAAGGCUGUUCAUACCUUUCAAUGUGCACUUACUGUGCUAUUUUUUAAACCUAUUUUAAAGUUUUAAGCAUAAUGUUGACCAUUCUGUAAUUUCCUAAAAUGAUAUUCUGUUUUCCUAUAGAAAAUUUCCUUUAUGUAUCAUACUUUAGGAAAAUACUACCUUGUAAAAUAAAUGUGAUUUUUUCCUUUUGUACCAGCACAAAUUUGGUAUUUUGGAGUUUGGAAUAUUUCGUCCCUGCAAUCCCUCCUUUAGAGAGGUUCUGUCUGAUUUUAAAAAACACAAUGUGAACUGGAUAAAACAAAAACCCACAUUUGUAAAAUGUGAAACACUUACACUGAGUGCUCACCUUGUGCCAGGAAAUGAGCAGUUUACAUCCUUAUCCCAUUUAAACUUUACAAAAGCUUGAUGAAGUGCAGGUAAAUGUUAUUAUCCAUAAUAUACGAUCAUGGUAACCCAUCAUGAUAACUCCCAGAGCCCUUUGUAAUAAGAACUUUUUUGUUGGCUACAUUAGAUUUAUACAAAUAAAACUUACAUCCCCCCACAAACAGUAUUUAUUUCACACAAAGCCACAAGCUUUGUAUUCAGUUCAGACAUGCCAUGGAAGAGCUAAGCACAGGUCCUUGGGGUGCAGUCACUCGGUCACUGAGGUCCAGGGCCCACACCUCAGUCUGGUAAAUCCAGGAGCUCAAUUUUUACAUUCGGCACACCCAGAAAAGAAUAACUUCUGGGAUUGGCUUUUAUUGAGUAACCUCAAUGGGGACUGCUAAAUACAUUCUUUUAUUAAUAAUAGUAAUCAGAUCAGUUAGUAUUACUAAUUUUAGUUCAAUAGCUACCUUACUGGUUUCUGUGAGUAAUCUUCACAGCCACCCUCCGAGGGAGAUUUCAGCAUCCCCAUUUCACAAACCAGGGAAAGAACCCAGGAAGUAAACAUUUUUGCCCUAAGUGGCACAGCUGGUAAGCAGUGGGAGUCAGGAUUUGAACCCAGUCACUUUGGUUCUAGAGCUCCGGGAUCUCGGCCCUUUGUUGGUGUUGUCCACCCUUGUAGCGCCCUUCCCACCCUCAAGGCACUUGGAGGCUGAGUCAGGAGGCUGCUUGGUGCACCUGGGAGGGCAGCAGCAGGUGUGCCACUGCUGUCUUUCACCCAGCGAACCUCCCCACCGGCGGGUGGCUGCUCUCCAGGCAGUGGGAUGAACACCCACAGGCUUCCUUCGUCUCUGCGCCUUGUCUGCCUCACACAGA